AUGAAGCUGAUCCAAGCACCCCUCCUUGCCCUAACCCUCCUACUCCCAGCAAUCACAGCUGGCCACCCCACCGCACGUCCUCCCGAAGAACAGCAAUCCCACAGACACAACUGGGCCUUUGACCUGUUCCACGACAAGUAUUGCAUCGGCACUACGGUCAGCUACGCGGGACAGGGAUCCUCGGGCUGCCGCACCAACCUUGAGAACGGAGGUGCGGAGGCUUUCAUCAACGUCAAUGUCGAUCCGAGCUGCAAGGUGAAAUUGUACAAGGAUAAAAAUUGUUCACGACGCUCGAUGGUUGAAGAGGUGAAGACUGGUAUGACUACGAAGUGCAAAGCUCUCUCGCGGAAGAAGACAGUUCACAGCUUUGAGGUAUUUUGUCGGUGA